GAUCGGUUUGGUUUGUGUGAUAGGAGUGUGUGAGAGGUACCACUCAAAAGCUGCUUCCUCCUUCUUUCUCUCUACACACACAGAGCUUCUUUCCCUCGUUUUCCACCCAAAACUGACCAAGACUAUUCAGCCAUAUCACUUUUCAACACGUUCAAAGAGGUCCACUACAACACAGCUUUUUCAGUUCUUACACAAACACACACCACCACCUUCAAUUCACACUUAAUUUACUUGUUUACCUAAUUUGGCGAUGGCGUGGGGAAAGAAGCACCGUUGUUCGAAUAACGGAGGUUUGAUGAGAUUGGUGGUGGUGAUGGCGGUGUUGUUAUCGGGAUUGUGGUGUGUGUCCUGUGAGAGAGAGAAAGAGAAAGAGACAGAGAAAAGCAGAAGGAACGCGUACGCCACCAUGAUGUACGUAGGUACGCCCAGGGACUACGAAUUCUACGUAGCUAUACGCGUACUCCUGAAAUCGCUGGCUACGCUCGACGCUCAAGCCGAUCGCGUUGUCAUUGCUUCUCUCGAUGUCCCUCCUCGCUGGAUUCGUGCUCUUGAAAAGGAAGAUGGUGCGAAAGUAGUGAGAGUGGAAAAUCUGGAGAACCCAUACAAGCAUCAAGACAAUUUUGACAAGAGAUUCAAGUUAUCGUUGAACAAACUGUACGCGUGGAGCUUAGUGGAGUAUGACAGGGUUGUGAUGUUGGACGCAGACAACCUCUUCCUUCACAACACAGACGAGUUGUUUCAAUGUGGACAGUUCUGUGCGGUCUUUAUCAAUCCUUGUGUGUUCCACACGGGCCUUUUCGUCUUGCAGCCAUCAAUGGCCGUGUUCAAGGAUAUGGUUGAUGAAUUACAAAAUGGGAGAGAAAAUCCUGAUGGUGCAGACCAGGGCUUCAUAGCAAGCUAUUUCCCAGAGUUGCUUGAUAAGCCAAUGUUUUAUCCACCAUCAAAUGGCACCAGGCUUGAUGGAACAUAUAGGCUUCCUUUAGGUUAUCAGAUGGAUGCUUCUUAUUAUUAUCUUAAACUUCGCUGGAGCAUACCCUGUGGACCAAACAGUGUGAUCACAUUCCCAGGGGCACCAUGGUUGAAGCCAUGGUAUUGGUGGUCCUGGCCUGUCCUCCCAUUAGGCAUCCAGUGGCAUGAUAAACGUCGUCAAACUUUGGGUUACGGUGCUGAGAUGGCGGUGAUACUUAUUCAAUCAGCAAUAUAUUUGGGCGUAAUAGCAAUGACACGUUUUGCAAGGCCAAGUCUCUCAAAGCUGUGCUAUAGGCGCUCUGACAAGAGCAUCAGCUUGGUGCAGAACACUCUGAAAUUGGUGGCAUUGUGGAGCAUCCUUGCUGCUUACACAACACCCUUCUUCAUUAUUCCUCACACAGUUCAUCCUUUGUUAGGAUGGCCACUCUACUUGCUCGGUGUCUUUGCAUUGUGCUCAGUUGCAAUCAAUGCCUUUCUGCUUCCAAUGUUGCCAGUUUUGAUGCCUUGGCUUGGGAUUGUUGGUGUCUUGAUGGUGAUGGCUUUUCCUUGGUAUUCAGAUGGUGUAGUGAGAGCAUUGUGCGUUUUUGGUUAUGCAUUCUGUGCUGCACCAUUUGUGUGGGCAUCCAUGACUAGGAUAAUGACAGGGCUUCACCAGUCUCUAGAAAGGGAAGCUUUUAUGCCAAGAAUAGGAGAAUCUUCGCCCCCUUCUUGGUUUAACAAGUUAUAUUGAACUGUCAAAUUGGGCAUCAUACAAUGCUUGGGACAUUGAUGACAGGUUCAUUGAAAAAUUAAAGGGGAGAAAGUGCCAUGGAUUCAGCUCCAUCAAGAUGUUUGUUAUGGUUAUAUACAUUCUUUUGGAGGCAGAAGGUCGUGUUGCACUUACUACCAGCGGCAGCUAGUGUGUGUAUAUAAAGAUUGUUUUGCUGUUUUUCUCAUAUAUCUGUAACAAUUGCACUAUUGGUUCUUGUAAUCAAAUUUUUAACAUUUAGUCACACCACUGAAUCUCUUGUUCAUAUUACACAUACACUUGAAGAGGAACAUAAGAAGUAUAUAGUGGGAGAGAAUAUACAUCUUAGGAGUUAUUUUAGUGUA